CAAACAUCCCAGGAAAUGAUAGAAGGUGGAAUUACAUCUAGGAUGUCAGGAAUAAUUGAAAAUUCUGGACAUCAUCCAUCUCCCCAAGACUACAGACUUCUGACCACAGACCCCUCCCAGCUGAGGGAGGAGGACCUCCCAGGGGACCUGCAGUCUCUGUCAUGGCUCACCUCUGUAGAUGUGCCCCGACUACAGCAGAUGGCUGAUAGCCGAGGCCACAGUAACGGGCCCUCCCAGGGCAGCCUGCUGGAGCAGCAGACAGCUCAGCUGAACAACAUGACCAUGACAGGAGGGCAGGGCUCCAUGCUUCAUCUCCAGAGCAGCAUGCAGCACAGUCCUCUGGGAAUCAACGUCAUCAACACCCACAGUGGAAGUAUGUCUCCAUUCUCCAUGAAUGGGCUGCCCUCCCCGGGGUAUCAGUGCCCUACCUCAGUGUACCAACCCACACCCCAGCAAGUGUACCCUCUAACCCAACCUGGACAACAGUGUUCAACUGCUGGGCUUUAUAGCAACGUCUCUUUCAACAACCAAAGCCUGUUCACACAACCUCGCCUGGCGCCGCAAAACCAGGACCUGCAGCCCAAGUCUUUCCCCAAGCCCAUCUACUCCUAUAGCUGUUUGAUUGCCAUGGCUCUGAAGAACAGCAAAACUGGCAGCCUCCCAGUCAGCGAGAUCUAUAGCUUUAUGAAGGAACAUUUUCCUUAUUUCAAGACUGCACCAGAUGGAUGGAAGAAUUCAGUCAGACACAACCUGUCCUUAAACAAAUGCUUUGAGAAAGUGGAGAACAAGAUGAGCAGCUCCUCCCGUAAGGGAUGUCUGUGGGCACUGAACCCUGCCAAAAUUGACAAGAUGGAGGAAGAGAUGCAGAAAUGGAAACGCAAGGACCUCCCAGCCAUCCGCCGCAGCAUGGCUAACCCUGAUGAGUUGGACAAACUGAUCACAGACCGUCCAGAGAACUGCAGACGCAAGGCUGUGGAGCCCGGCAUGACACGGCUGUCCAGCUGUCCAACUGGCCUUCCCAUGCCUGUCCCGACACAGAUGCAGCCCCAGCCUAUCGUCACCCUGUCCCUGCAGUGCUUACCCAUGCACCAGCACCACCAGCUUCAGGCGCAGCUCCAGGCCCAGGCCCGUCUGGCUCCAAUGUCCCCCGCCCCAGCCCAGACACCUCCCCUCCACACAGUGCCUGACCUUUCCCAGAGUCCCCUCACCCAGCAGCCCAGCAAGCAGCCACACGAUUUCUACAGUCUCCAUGGUGAUACACACACAGAGGUGGAUGCACUGGACCCAAGUAUUAUGGACUUUGCCCUUCAAGGAAACCUAUGGGAGGAAAUGAAAGACGACAGCUUUAACUUGGAUGCACUGGGUACCUUCAGUAACUCUCCCCUUCGACUAUCAGACUGUGACUUGGGACCAGCCAACCUCCCACCAGCUUCUAGUGGAGCUAGCCUGCCACUCUCAGAUGUGCAGGUGACGGGCCUCUACACCUCGUACACCUCUGUGGAUCCCCUCUCCUCGCAGUACAUGGGCACACCAACCAACAGCAAGCCCAUCGCCCUGCUUUAA